GUCCGCCACAGCCCAGCCCAGCCCAGCGCGCCCGCCGUCCCCCCUCGACCCCGCUGUCUCCCACUCAGCCCCGUGCUAUGACGCCGGACUGGGAAGGCAGCCGUGGAACUACCGUAUGAGGCGCCUGCUCGGUCGACAAAGAGUGAGACGGGCUGCUCCAACAAAGGCUUCUGGAUGCUGUGUCUCCUGCGGCUCAGGUGAAAGAGGACGAGCCGGUUGUCAGGAUGAAGGAGGAGAACUUGUUCCAUCGGAGGUUUUCUCUGUGCCCCAGUGCCACCUCCCCGCCCAAAAUUGACCCCCGCACCCUCACCCGGAACCUGUCUUAUGGAGGAGACAACGACCUCUACAACCUCAGUCCAGGCAGUGAGACAGACAGGAACGGUCUCUCCAUGCUGAGUAAUGAACUUAGUCCUGCCCAAUCACCAGGCAGCAAGUCUGAGUCCAGGAUGUUUAAUGGUGUUGAGAAGGACUGCCCCUCUCCCACAGAGAAGCUGGCCCGGAAGGAGUCUCUUAAGGUCCAGAAGCAGAAUUACAGGCAGGAGAAGAAGCGGGCAGCUAAAGAACUGUUCAGUGCACUCAAGGACCCCAGCGUUGUCAUCAUGUCCAACUGGCUCAAGAUCCGCGGCUCGUUAAAGAGUUGGACCAAGCUGUGGUGUGCCCUGAAGCCCGGCGUUCUUUUGAUCUAUAAAACCCCCAAAACAGACCACUGGGUGGGCACCAUCCUGCUCAGUGCCUGCAAGCUGAUCGAGAGACCCUCCAAGAAGGACGGAUUCUGCUUCAAACUGUACCACCCGCUGGACAAAUCGAUAUGGGCUGUCAAGGGUCCCAAAGGAGAGAACGUUGGCUCCAUCACGCAGCCUCUACCCAGCAACUACCUUAUCUUCAGAGCCGCCUCUGAAUCUGACGGUCGAUGCUGGAUGGAUGCCCUGGAGCUGGCGCUCAGCUGCUCCAGUCUGUACAAGCUGACAGCCAAAGCUGGGAAAGAAGGAGAUAUCAGCACGUCUUCAGAGUCCUCCCAUAUACUCCACCUGCUGCAGUCCACUGCACUCAGUGAUACGGAUCUACUACAAUUGAAUGACACAGUGCUGCUGGGCAAUCACCACAUGGAGCAUGACGGCUUUUCAGACAAAUCAGAGCGAGAGGCUCAUGACGACUGGGACACUACAGCCAAUGAGAACGGUGGAAGGCUGACGGAGGAGAGCGACAUGGACCAAUCAGACGAGCUGUCCCCCGGGCCACAGGCCACAGCCUAUGUAGAGCAGAGCACAGAGGAGAUGGCUGAGGCUGGGGAGGCGUCCCAGGUGGAGACUGUGUCAGAGGAGAACAAGGGUCUGAUCUGGAGCUUGCUGAAGCAGUUGCGGCCGGGCAUGGACCUGUCUAAGGUGGUGCUGCCAACCUUCAUCCUGGAGCCUCGUUCCUUCCUGGACAAGCUGUCUGACUACUACUACCACGCUGAUCUGCUCUCACAAGCUGCUCUGGAGGAGAGUGCGUACGGUCGGAUCAAGCAGGUUUUGAGAUGGUACUUGUCUGGUUUCUACAAGAAACCCAAGGGUCUGAAAAAGCCUUACAACCCAAUCCUGGGGGAGACGUUUCGCUGCUGCUGGCUUCAUCCUCAGACUAACAGCUGCACUUUCUACAUAGCUGAGCAGGUGUCCCACCAUCCGCCUAUCUCUGCCUUUUAUGUCUGCAAUAGAAAGGAUGGUUUUUCUAUCAGUGGAAGCAUCCUGGCCAAGUCCAAGUUCUACGGUAAUUCUCUGUCAGCGAUUCUGGACGGCAAAGCCCGGCUGCUGUUCCUGAGCAGGGACGAGGAGUACGUCAUUACCAUGCCCUACGCUCACUGCAAAGGUAUCCUGUACGGCACGAUGACACUAGAGCUGGGGGGGAAGGUUACCAUCGAAUGUGAGAAAACCAAAUGUUUCACGGAGCUGGAGUUCAAACUGAAGCCUUUCCUCGGAGGCGCGUGUUCUGUGAAUCAGAUCAGCGGCAAGAUCUUUGUAGGAGAGGAGCUGCUGGCCACCGUGGAUGGACACUGGGACAGCGAGGUGUUCAUUCACGAGAAGCGCUCGGGCCAGCAGGAGACGUUGUGGAACCCAAGUCAAGAAAUCCGCAGCGGUCGCCUUAAGAGACAAGUGGUCCAGAUAGAGCAGCAGGGAGAGUUUGAGUCUGAAAGGUAA